AGAGCCGCAGCAGCAGCGGCAGCAGCGGCGGCCGUUGUUCCAGCUCCGUGAGCGCCAUGGCGGCAGUGCGCAGCUUACGGGUGUCGGUGAAAUCAGACAGCGGCUCGGACCGCUCGGAGUCGGACUCAGAUUCCGAGUCGGACCGAGAUGCCCGCGAAGCCGAACCGAUGGAGGUGGAGGAGGGGGAGCUGGAGGCGGAGGACAUCUCGGUGAACCGCUCCCUGAAGGAGCUGCUGCCGGAUACGAGUCGUCGGUACGAGAACAAGGCUGGAGCGUUCAUCACUGGGAUAGAUGUCAACUCAAAGGAGGCGAUCGAGAAGAAAGAGAAGCGAGCGAGGCGUUUUCAUUUCCGCAGCGAGGAGGAAAUCGUCGGUCAGAGGAAUGUUUUCCUGGACAAAGACGGCAUGAAGAAAGCCAUCCCCAGACUGCGCAUGGAGGCGAUCCACGUGACGGGCGUGGACGACAUGAGCACGCAGGACGUCUUCGGCUAUUUUAAGGAGUAUCCUCCGGCGCACAUUGAGUGGAUCGACGACACGUCCUGUAACGUGGUUUGGCUGGACGACAACACGUGCAUCCGAGCGCUCAUCAACGCCAGCCGGAUGCCCGACCCGGAGGCGGUUACCACGGAGACGGAGAGCAGCAGCCAGCCAGACGAGCAGAGCAAAGGGCGCCGCGGCCAGACGUCGGACGACGAGGACGAGGAGGAGGGCGAGGUGGACGAGGACGAGGAGGACAGCGGCAAGAAGAGCGCCGAGGAGAUUGAGGGCAAAGACAGUGACGGAGAGGCGCCGCCGCCGACGAAGGCAGAGGGUGGUCAGGUGGACGAUCUGUCGCGAGCGGAGAGAGAAUCGCUGCUGAGGAACGACCUGAGACCCGCCAUCAAGCCCUUCAAAGGAAACAAGCUGUUCCUGCGCUUUGCCACGCAAGACGACAAGAAGGAGCCGGGCGCCGCUCGACGCAGCAGAUACUACAUGAAGUACGGAAACCCGAACUACGGAGGCAUGAAGGGAAUCCUCAGCAACUCCUGGAAGAGGAGGUAUCACAACCGGCGGAUCCAGCGAGACGUCAUCAAGAGCAAGAAGCCUCUGAUUGGAGACAGCAUGGGACACACGCCGCCGUACACACACCGACACUCGGCCGACCUGGUCAACCUGCCCGAGGAGCCCAUCAAGGAGGAAGAGGAGGAGGAGGAGGAGGAGGAAGAGGAAGAAGACGGCGACGAAGACAUGGACUCGGAUGAUCGGGUGGUGGAGUACAGGGAGAGGGGCGAGAGGGGCGGUGGCUCGCGCUCCCUGGGGGCGGGGCUUCGCAGCCGGGCGGAGCGGUCCCCGUCCCCCUGGUCGGAGUCGGACGAGAUGGACUACGACUUGGAGCUGAAGAUGAUCUCCACGCCGUCGCCCAAGAAGAGCAAGAAGAUGACGAUGUACGCCGACGAACUGGACACGCACCUGAAGAGCAUCCGGAACAGGAUCGGAGGGUCGGCGUCGCAGAGCAGGACCAAAUCCUCGUCGCCCACCAAGGUGACAGACGUCCGGCAGCUGCUGGAGGAGAAGAGGCAGGGCGGCUCUCAGCACCGACAGCCCCCUCCGGUGUCCAGCAGCGGGAAGACAGAUGUUCGGCAGAGGCUCGGGAAAAGACGCUACUCUCCGGACCGACGGCGCUCGCCCUCCCCCGUAUCCCCCAGAGACACACCCCCAGCCAGAGAGCCAAUCAGAGACGUGCACCGCAGACUGGGCGUGGCCAGCCAGGACAGCAGGAGCCUCUACUCAAAUUCGUCCAAAGAGAGAAAGACAAGCGGUCUGUGGAGUCGGCUCGGCUCCAGCGACGAUGACGGCGGCGGCAGCAGCAGCGGACGGCAUGACCGCAGACCGAGCGGCCAAUCGGCAGGGCUCUUCUCCUCCUCGACGGCGGCGGGGCGGAGCGACGGUGGCGGCGGCAGCAGCGGUGCCGGGAGAAGACGAGGCGACCGAGACGAGGAGGUUGAGGAGGAACAGGAAGAGGAGGAGGACGAUUCUACGCUGCAGAGGAUGUGGGGUGCCAUGAUCAAACAGAAACAGGAGCGUCUGACCCACAAGAUGAAGAAGAGCCGACUGGACAACCUGCCAUCGCUGCAGAUCGAGAUCAGCCGCGACAGCAGCGACGAGUCCGACGCCUGAAACUGAGCCAACAGGAGGCGAGGAGGGCGGCCAGCCGGAGUUUUUUUCUCGUCUGAACAUUAAAUCUCCAGUAAAAAGACAAACUUGCAGGUCAGAGGCCAGUGUGGAGGGUUUUUAGUUUCACAUUGUGUUUCUGCAGCGCCAUGAUGGAGGACUUCUGUCUGAGUGAGUCAGCAGCACGGAUCUCCUCACGCUGUUCAUUUGCUCCCAAUCAGAGACUUUGCAUCAUGUCGGCCUCCCGAGUCCAGUCCAGGUUCUGUGUUUUCCAUCUCGUUACCUGAAAACUUUGCUCAUAGUUUCCUAAAAAUGAUUGGCUGCACAGUCCUGCCCAGUUUGGUGCUAAAUCCAAAGGAAACGAAGAAAGCCUUCAGCCACCUCCUGGUCCCUCCCUGCUCCAUACGAAUACAUAUCUGAUAUUUAUCAGCUGCAGAAGCUCCAUCAGCUGAUUUCCUGUCAGGAUGCAGCAGAGCAUCAUGGGAAACGCUCUGUUUACUGGGGGCUGCACGAUAUAUUGUUUCAGCAUCGACACGUCAUGUUGCACCUUUUAUUACCCGCUUGAUAGGGAAGUCCUGCUGUCUGAUAGAACGUCAUUCACUCAGACUUGAGGAUCUUUUGAAAACGCUUCAUGUGUGGGUUUGUCAACAUGCAGACUCCACAUGUACGGAAAGAUGAGUGAGGAGAGAAAAGGAAGAUCUGGUUGCAUAAAAGAAACGCAGCAUCACUCGGAGGGCUUUUCAAAUAACGGAACAUUAAUCACUGAUGAUUUUGCUUUCCCACAAACACAACUUGGUUUCAGGUAAAUCUGACAAAACAUCUUGUGUCACUGUUUUCGUAUGUGUGUGAGCUGCUCUGGUGGAGACUAGAAGCUUCCACUGCAGCCUGAACAUCUCUAAAUCAUAGCGUCGGUCAGUGAGCAGAUUCUCAGCAAGUGAGGACACAAUUUAAUGUGUAUUUAGCCUCUAUGAGAAUUUUAAGUUGAAUUCCGAUGCAGAUUAGUACAUUUACAGUAAAAUUGAGAGCUGCACUCUUUAUUUUAUUUAACUAUCAAAGUGUACUAAAACCACGCAGCUCCAGUCGGCUGUUCUAAAAUGUAUCAGCUACAGAACAGUUGAUGGUACUCUGACAGCAGCACAAAGCUCUGGAUGACGAGCGCAAAGCCAGAUCUGAAUGCUAUUCAAAGCAAAUAACUAUUUCAGACAUUUUUAUUUUGUAUACAAAUGCACUCCCCUACAAAAUCACCCAAAUCACUCUGGACUGAUUUAAAUAUUUCCAAGUAGAGCUGUUUGAGUCAUCCGGUGGAAAUUCCUGCAUUUUUUUUCAGUUUAUGUCCCAGAAAGCCCAAACAUCUCCGUGUCACUGUCUUCAUAUAUCGUGCAGCCCUACUGUGAUCAUUCCUACGUUACAGUAGAGAAGCCAAACGCUGUCGAUGUCUUCUCUGUGUUUACCUUUGACCCAUCUGACUGUCGAAUCACUGCCUCACUCGGGACCAUUCCUCAAAGCUCCCCAUCGUCCGGCUGCAGCUCCUCUUCGACAGGUCUUCAAUCACAAGAACUAUUUCCUGGCCCCGUUAAUGUCUUCGCUGUGGAGAGACGGACGCACGAGAGGAUCAGUAAAAAGGUGAAAAUGAGACGAGACUCCACCUAAAACUCCACCUUCAGCUUCCAGCUGUCUUCGUCUCGUUCCUCUCGAAGCCGAAAGAGCUGAUCAGACUCUGAAAACAAAAAAAAAAACAGACGUGAGGAGAAACCAGAUUAUUUUCUGAUGGUUGUGGGACGUUUUCGUACAUUUUUUUAAUCACCUUCUGUGUUAUUGAUCAGCAUCCAGGUUCGCCGACAGACUGAACACUGUAUCGUACACGCGCAGUUGGAUUUGUGUUGUUUUGUUUUUUUGAAUCCGACCUUUGGGGCCACAGCGACUGUAAUCCAGGCAGGUGACAUCAGACUGUUGCUCAUGAGUUUAGAUCAUUAUUAAAAUGCUGACUGGUGUUUUAUUUGACAGGUUUGCAGUCUCUCAGUCAUGUUGGUGAUAAUUACUGGGUAACAAGGAAAAGAAAUUUUGAGGAAAUUCUGUUUUUUGAUGCCAAACAGGUCAUAUGAACAUGUGAAACAUAUGUAAAGUUUCAAAAAAUACAUGAUCAACUUUGCUGCAACUUGA